AUGUUUGUCCCCCUGCCGGUGCCCUUCGUCUUUCAGAGAACUGCGUCCGACUUCAGCGCCUGGAGACUCAAGUCGUCGCUGGCUCCGCGGUCCAGCCCCGAUAUCAGGAUGUCCAAAGCAGAGGAGGAGAAGGCCGGGCCAGACUAUCACGGCGAUGGCUCAGAUUCAGACAGAAACAGUCCAGAUGACCAGUUGCAACUGAUAGAAAGCAGCCCGUUCAGCCUCUCGCCCACAGCAGCCAGCAAGGUGAAGGUGGAAGAAAGUUGUGAAAUGACCCGCAGUGCCGUCCCACCAUCUUCUCAACAGCAGCAACAACAGCAGCAGCAGGCACAGGCGCAACACCACCACACACAGCUGAUGCUGGCCGGUAGUCAGCUGGCUGGGCUGGCCGCACUCCUGCCGGCCCAACAGCAGCUACUCCUCCAGCAGGCUCAGGCUCAGCUCUUGGCAGCCGCCGUCCAACAAACUAACGCCGCGCAUGCCGCCCAUGCCGCUGCCCAGCAACACCAUCACCACCACCAACAACAACACCAAAGCCUAACAUCUCGGCCACCGCAGCAGGCCGCCAAACAGGAAGUGACUGUUCAAGCUCCUCCUCCUCCGCCACCACCUCAGCUUGCCCUCUCUCAACCAAUCCAGCUCACGGCACAGGACAUCCAGCAGCUGCUCCAGCUCCAGCAGCUGGUUCUCAUGCCGGGUCAUCCGCUUCAGUCCCCGGCCCAAUUCCUCCUGUCGCAGCCGCCUUCCCAGGCUCCGCAACAGCAGCAACAAGCUUUGCUUUCCACACCAAAUCUCAUCCAGCUACCUCAGCAAAGUUCGGCGGGGCUUUUGACGUCGCCGCCCCGCCUGGGCCUCCAGGCGCAGCGUGAGAAGAGCAGCGAUGUCAGCGGAAGCAUCACCGCCACGGUAGCGUCGACGGGAAGUGGCGGUGUGGGCGCGGCGGCGAUGGGAUCCACAUCCGCUUCGGGCGGCGCCAUGACGGCCUCCUUAAACUCAACCCUGACUCCCGGGGGCCACGGCGGGCACCUGGGAGAGGAGCCCAGCGACCUGGAGGAGCUAGAGCAGUUUGCUCGCACGUUCAAGCAACGUCGCAUCAAGCUGGGAUUUACGCAGGGCGACGUGGGCGUCGCCAUGGGCAAGCUCUACGGCAACGACUUUAGCCAGACCACCAUCUCACGCUUUGAAGCCCUCAACUUGAGCUUUAAGAACAUGUGCAAGCUCAAGCCUCUGCUGGAGAAGUGGCUUGGGGACGCAGAGACCAUGGCAGUAGACAGCAUGCUACCCAGUCCCUCUUCCAUCUCCUCCCCCUUGCUGGGCCUUGAGGGUCUGGCGGGCCGACGCCGUAAGAAGCGCACCAGCAUCGAGACCAACGUGCGCGUCGCUCUCGAACGCAAUUUUAGCGCGAACCAGAAGCCUACCUCGGAGGAGAUCCUGCUGAUGGCGGAGCAGCUCAACAUGGAGAAGGAAGUGAUCCGCGUAUGGUUCUGCAAUCGGCGGCAGAAGGAGAAGCGCAUCAACCCUAGCAGCAGCAGCACGCCGCCGCUUCCCGGCCAGACCUCACCUGCCGUCACGCACAAAGCCCCCUGCUACAGCCCGCACAUGAUAUCCAGUCCAGGUGUGUCUCAGGGCAGCAGCAGCCUCAGCACAACAGUUGCCACUUUGUCACCGUCCACAUCCUCUUCUUUGACUCCGCCCCCUCAUAGCACAGCCAGCCCCGCCCCUUCUGCUCUGGGGCCUCACGGGCACAACACUGGGAACACGAUGUUGGGAGUAAGCACAGGGAUGAACCAGGCGCUCUUGGGCAGCAAUCCACUGGCUACCAUGCAAGCACUUGCCGCCAGCGGUGGUCAGCUGUCAAUCAUGGAGGCAGGCGGGGGCCACAUGAUUCUGGGCGGCGGCCACGGCAGGGUGCCCCCUUCGCUGCGGCCGUCGCUUUUCCUCAACCGCCCGGCCCUCCUGCCAGUGGUUACGGGCUCCAUCUCCAUGGCGACGGCGUCCCCGCCUGUCUCGGAUCCGACGAGCGGCCCGGCGGGGGGCGCCCCCCGGCUCGCCUUCGCCCAGUCGUCGCCCGCCGGCGCCGCCCACCUCCUGGACCCGCCCUCGUGUCCCGACGACUCCCCCUGUUCCAGCCCCGCCUCCUUCUGUUCCUUCAGCGAAGCCUCGCCGCCUCCCCUGGGCGGGGCCAUGGCCGACUGA